AUGAUGCAUGGCAUGGGUGAUUUCGCGAAGAAUCCAAUGGGUAUGGUCCCACUGCUAAAGCUCAUCGCGCAGACCGCCAACAGCUACGUGCACAGCGUGGAGCUUUGCUCGAGUCCGUCAAAGCUCUCAGGCUGCCCGCAGGAGGAUCAGUCCAAUGGCUUCUUCAUGACGAUGGAUGCCCAAGUUGAUCAGUUCGCCCGUGUUGUGAGGGCUGACAAGAAUCUGAGCAGCGGAUUCAAUGCCGUUGGUUUCUCACAGGGCAACACGGUGAUCCGCGGUUACAUCCACAAGUACAACGACCCGCCAGUCAGGAACUUCUUGUCCAUGCACGGUGUUCUCAUGGGUGUGAACGGGCUUCCGCAGUGCCCUAUGUCAGUGCCAGGAGUUGGAGUUCUUUGCCGUGCAGUCGAUGCCAUUGUUUCUCAUGCUGGCGUUUAUGACAGCUUCGUGCAGAACCAUCUGGCCCAAGCGAACUACUACCGGGAUGCUGCGAACCUGGACACUUACAGGUCGCAUGCCCAUUUCCUGCCCUUCAUCAACAACGAGGUGAAGGGACAGGAGAACUCAACGUACAAGGAGAAUUUCAAGUCCUUGGAGAAGUUGGUGCUGGUGAUGGCAAAGGAUGACACGAUGGUCCACCCCAAAGAGAGUGAACACUUCGGCUACUUCAAAGAUGGCUCACGGGAGGAACUGGUGGACAUGCGUGAUGCGCCUUGGUACACAGAAGACUGGUUCGGCCUGAAAAGCCUGGACCAGGACAAAAAGAUCGAUUUCUUCUCGACCCCAGGCAACCACCUUCGCUUCAAAACAGAUUUCUUGGUCGAGAUGGUGAAAAAGUAUUUUGUGAGCGACACUGGCGCGUCCAUCAUGGUCUGA